AUGCCAAUACUGGACCUGAACUAUGCUUUCCAGCAUGGAAAUGCCUCUCACAUGAACAUCAAUCAUGUAGAAAUUCCUCUGUUCUCUGCUCCAAUUCCUCCGGCUGGGUGUCAACAGUCUCGACGUGAUAGUCAUCCACACUACGACUCGUCGUCAUACCCCAAUGCAGCCGAACCGUAUAAUGCUCAAAGCAACGCAUCAAUCACAGCAAAUAGCUCUGUAGAUAACCCUUGGGUGCCAUCAUAUGGUAUGACAAGCAUCCCGCUUGGUGUUUACGACUUUGAUGAGUCCCGCGGGUGGCAGUACCACAAUGGAUACGGACAGAAGACGAACAAUCCCAACGCUUUCGGCUAUUCUACAAAAGAAGUGGAUACAUCGUACACCUUUGCAAAGCUUGAUGAUCGUCAACACUAUGAGGUUCAUGAGGGUUCUUGUUCGGAUGCAGAAGAGAAUGACGAAAGUCUUUCCUGCAGUCAAUGUAGCACACUCUUCCAUGGCAAAUACCGGAACGGAAACUUGAGACGACAUAUUCGUGCCUUUCACAGUGUGGUGGCUUCGGUUCUCGGACUGACAUGCCGCAUGUGUGAGAAGCAAUUCAAACGAGCAGACGCUACCCGCAAGCACGAGUGGGAGCAGCAUAGUAUGCCUGAUGUGAAGCCAAGGAAGAGGACAGUAAGGUAG